CCCCCAGAGUAGGGACCCCACCAAGGGACAGCCCUUGCCCCCUUCUCUCCCCCUCACCUCUUUGGCCACCUCCCCGGUUUUCCUUUGGGGAUGGAGGAGUCCUCCAUUUCCGGGACAUGAUGUCCUCCAUCUCAGCCUCCUUCUCUCCAGUAGGGAUUCCCAAAUGGCCUCCAUUUUGAGGAAGCUUGGGUUUAUAUUUAUACUUACGUUUUACUUAUGUAUCCUACAUUUCCCCCCUUUAUGAAUGUCCUACGUUUGUCCUCCUUUGUGGUUAGGACUGGGAGGCCAGGGGCGUCCUCCAUUCAGGGGAACCAGAGGCAUGAAUUUAUAUUUAUCCUUCUGUUCUUAUGUUUUAUUUGUGGUCUGAAACCAGCCCAGGUUACUGGACGGGAGUUCUGGCAGGUCGUGUUUGGACCCUUACCCAGUCAGAGGAACAGCUGUGGUACACCCUGCAUGAUGAAGAGAAGGAGGAAGGAAACCGAGAAGAAGAGGCCCUUUCUGAGCCCCCGCUAAAGAAAGGGAAGAAACAGACACCGCCUGAUGGGAGCCGUGCUGGAACCAGUGAGCGCUCAGGCAGCCAUUUGUCUGGAGAACUAAUCCGGGGAAUGGAGGGCUUGACUCCCUCCCAGAUCCUCCAGGACUAUUUCCAGCUACACGUAAAUUUAUCUGCAUUGUACCAGGGAUGGUCUUACGUUGAUUCACACUUCCGGGAAGUAGCCAUCAAGUUCCCAGGGGUUCGGGUGCUGCGACAGGAUCCAGUGGAAUGCCUCUUCUCCUUCAUCUGCACCUCCAACAACCAUUUGUCCCGCAUCACCAACAUGAUCCAGCACCUGUGCCAGGCCUUUGGCCGACGAAUCUGUCAGCUGGACACCAAGACGUACCAUGCCUUCCCCUCCUUGCAGGCAAUGGCAGGAGCAGACACAGAAGCCCAGCUGAGGGACCUGGGCUUUGGUUAUCGGGCACGGUUUGUCAGUGAAAGUGCUCGUGCCGUUCUGAAGACACUCGGUGGGGCAGCUGGCCUGCAGCAGCUGCGCACCGUCCCUUAUGAGCAGGCUCGGCAUGCCUUGUGCACCCUUCCUGGUGUGGGAGUCAAGGUGGCCGACUGCGUGUGUCUCAUGUCACUGGACAAGGCUGAGGCAGUGCCUGUGGACACCCACAUAUGGCAGGUGGCUAAGCGGUACUAUGGUCAAGAACUGGGCAUGGGGGCCCGGAGUGUGACAGAGCGGGUCCAUCGAGAGAUCGGGAACUUCUUCCGGAGCUUAUGGGGACCUUAUGCAGGAUGGGCGCAAGAGGUUCUCUUUUGUGCUGAUCUAAGAAAGUACCAGGAGACUUCAGAUCCAGAUGCCAAAAACCGCUGUGCCAAAGUUGCCAGGAGCAGCCAUUCUACCUUGACAUAAUAACUUCUCUCACAGCCCAGUAUUGCUUGUGUGUCAGGCAAGUAAGAAAACUAUUUCCUCUCCAGGGCUGGAGCCAGAGAGGAACUCCAUGUUGGGAACAGGGCACGGUCCAAGCUGUUGAGGAGGGCCUGAGGGGUUUGUGUUGUGGAGCACCUCUUUCAGCCACUUGCUGUUGGGGUGUUUUCCCCAUAUCGGGGUCGCUUGUGAUAUGAAGUUGAUGUGUAGCUGCAACGUAUCAUAGAAUGCUUUUUCCUGUCGCUUUUGUCUUUUGCUUUGUCCUUUGGUACAGUAUUAAUGUGUUGUAGGCCAGUUUUUAAAUAAGGCAAUCAGAAGCUUAUUUCCUCCUCCUCAAAACUUGGGGCAUCUAUUUAGGAACUGGGGGGCAGGCUUCAGAAAAGGGGCUCAGUGGCAGCCAGUGAAGUUCAGCCAAGAUCCAGCCUCACUGAGGAAUUUCCUUCACUCAUUUGGCCUAUUAAACCUAAUUUAUAUAUUGUUAAGAAAACUAGGCUGUAAUACCAGUUGUGUUGGGGGAAAAAAUUAAAACUGAUUUCAGGUUAUGAGAGAUUAUCACACCUUAAUUCCACAGCUAGCUUGCUCUUUCAUUGAUUGUAUAACAUGCAAGUGUCUAUGUUUGUAUACAUGUAUAGCCGUGACAGUGUUCAUCUGCUCUGUAAAUGUAAAGCCUUUGCCAUAUGAUGGAACGUGACUACAUGUGGACAGACCAGUUUGUUUGGGGAAAUAAACCACUAGGCCAGUCAGAGGAGAACAGAAGUUUUGGUCCUGAUUCCACUAAUGUAAGUCACAAACAAGCCUUCUGGAACAACUCAGAAAUGACUAAUUCAAAUCUCAUUGCUUUUAGUGGGACUAAGGCUACAAUCCUAGGUGCACUCACCUGGAAGUGAGCUCCCACUAAACUCAGUAGGACUGACUUAGCUGAUUCCAGGUUGCUGUGUACUGCAGAUGAUCAUCUACCCAACACUGUCAAUGCAGGGACAGUUCAGAUGUUGUCCUGGCUACUGUUGUGUCAAAGCCCAGCAAUGACGAGAAUCUUCUGGAAGAGUACCUUCCACCUGGAGUGGUGAGUUAGACAGGUAACUCUCAGGUUGUAGUGCUCAUUCCAGUGAGCAAAGGAGUAUCUUCUGAAAGCACCCUUGCUUUGUAUAAUACAGUUGGCCCUCCACAUUUGCCGAUUUGACUUUUGUGGAUUUGAUUAAUAUGUUCUCUCUAGGAAUCUCUUGGUCCUCCAACACGACUCUGCCAGAAGUUGACCACAGAGUCACACUGGAGGGCCUAGAGACAACACUUCUCUAGGCAUUUAUAGGUUCUCCAGUUUAAUUCUGCGUCAACUUCUGCCAGAUUUUGGCCACAGAGUUGCACUGGGGGAACCUAGCGAUUCCUAAAGAGGUGACCUUUUAGCUAAAAAAAAGUAGCUUAUUAUUUGUGUUUUCCCUCUUUCACGGGGGCCUGUGCCCCUAUCUCAAAAGCAUCAAUUUUGCUGCUUUUUUCUACUGCUUGAAAUGUGAUUCUCCAAUAUACUCCUUGUACCUCAAUGGUUUACCCUUUCCCUAGAUGCUUUUUCCCCCUUAAUAUUUUUUUCUAAUUUUUUUCAUUAAUACCACGUAUCUAUAAUGAAAUCAUGAAAUAUAUUUUGUAACUGAAACUGUAGGCAUGCUGUAGGCAAAUCUAACCAUAUCAAAGUUCUGCUAGUCUCAACGGGAGAGGCUUAAACGUGUGUUUGAAUCUCCCUGUUAAGAUGAGUGGAUUUUUUUUUAAAGAAGGGAGGUUGGGCUUACUCAUGGCCUGUGUUUUUGUAACAUUUACGGUUUCAGGAAACUCAGCUAUUCCUCAUCUUCUUCCUUUUGUCGUGACCAUUUCUAGACUGUAAGUUGCUUUGGGCAGAAGACCUAUUUAUUUUUAAUCCUUUUAUAAAGUGUUUAAUCUAUUUCUAGGUGCUGUGUCAAUAAAAUAAGAAACAGUGAUGGUUUGUC